UUUUUUUUAUAAAAUUUUCCUUGAUUAUGAUUCCUGUUUAGGGUUCAAGAGUGUAUGGUAGAAUUUCAAGAUUGGCGGAAGUGUCAAGCUUUGCUUAAGGAGUUUCAAGCCUGCAUGAUGAAAAAGCAGAAAAUAGAAAAAUAAUGGAUUUAACAACUUCCACAACCAUCCUUGAAGAGACAGCCUCUGUAGAGGAGGGCUGGUGGACUUAUUUAACUGACCCCAGUUAUACCCUUGUGGCUGGAAUGCUUUGUGGGUUAGCGGUCAACUUUGUUUUCAGGUUUAUGCCUCGUGAAGUCAGAAGUAUAUCUAUGCCUUCAUUUUCAUCAUUCACAGCAGGAAACUCUAAAAUGGUGCUUGUUGUGCGCACAGAUCUUGGGAUGCAGAAGGGAAAAGCAGCCGCCCAAUGCGCGCACGCAGCUCUUGCUUGCUACAAGAAAGCGUUGAAAUCACAUCCUGACGCGCUUGCUAGCUGGGAGCGGACUGGCCAAGCUAAGGUUUGCUUGAAAACUGACAGUGAAGAAUCUCUAUUGGAAUUAGCUGGAAAAGCGCGGGAAACAGGCAUUACUUGGAGUAUUGUCAGAGAUGCUGGACGCACACAGGUACCACAAACUAUUAAUAUUUUGGAUUUAAAUUCUUUCAAUUGAUUUAUAUUUUUG